AUGGUAGAAAAUAUGAUUGCGCGAAUCUGGUCAAGCGAUCUGAAAGAAAGAGUAGAGAGACAGAGGGAGAGAGAGAUAAGACAAAUGGUAGAAGGACUGCCCACCAUAAACAUUUCAGAGAAUCAUAUUAGAAAAAUUGCUGAUUGUCCAAUUUGUUUAUUCAAUUAUGAAGUGGUAGAAGCAGCAUGCCAUUUGCGUUGUCAUGAACGCCACAUAUUUCACAGGGAAUGUAUUCAAAAAUGGUUGAAGACGAAAAACCAGUGUCCCAUAUGCAGGUUGCCAGCAUAUAAAUGGACAUAUUGGAUGGAAGCUGUUGGAGAUGGAGAAAUCGGUACACACAGAUUUUCAGCUCGUGUUUGGGGAUAA